CAAGAUUUUGGUUUUCACCUCUAAUUUGGGGUUUUUUUUUUCUUUCUGUAUGUUCUUUCUGGGGUUAAUUUGUAUUUGAUUUCCAGAUUAUGCCGUCUUUUACAACAGAUAAGAUGAUUGGAACCCAGACGGCGUCGGAAUCCAACAACGAUGUAGUCUCGAUCAACGUUGGUGGCCAAAUCUUUCAAACAACCAAGCAAACCCUAAUAAUGGCUGGCCCUGAUUCGCUCCUUUCCCAGCUCGCGGAAUCAACUUGCCCAUUCGUCGACAGAGACCCCGAGUUCUUCUCUCUUCUCCUCUCCUUCCUCCGCACUGGCACCCUUCCUUCCAAAGUUAAAGACUUUGACAUUUACGACCUCAUUGAAGAAUCCAGAUUUUAUGGGGUCGAGUCCCUGUUGAUUGAGUCCAUAACGAACCCAUCUCAGUUUGAUGGUUUUGCACUCCAAAAGUCGCUUGUAUUACCCCUCAAUGGCCGGGAUUCUCCCUCUGCAAUUGCAACGACAUCGUCGGGGAGCGUGCACGUGGCUCACGGUAGCAAAAUCACGUCCUUUGAUUGGUCUCUGCGGAGAAAAUGGACGAUCUUGACCCAAUUCACAGCAAUUGAUUCUUUGCUUGCGAUCUCUCCCAAACUUGCAGCAGCAGGAGCCACGGAUUUUUCAGGGCUACAGAUCCUUGAUCUCGAAAAUGGGAAUGUCAAAGAAGUCUUGAAUUGGGAAAAUGUGACCAAGUCUAGUUCUACAGUUCAAGCCAUUGGAGCAUCGAGCGAGUUCUUAUUUACAAGCUUCGAGUCAGGUAGGAGAAACUCGAAUUCAAUAAUGGUUUAUGAUAUAAAUACUUUGAAACCUGUCACUGAGAUUGGACAUUAUGAGAUUUAUGGCGCUGAUAUUGAUUCUGCAAUCCCUGCCACAAAGCUGAGCUGGGUUUCAAAUCAUAGAUUGGUUAUGGCUGCCGGUUCGCAUAGUGGAUUAUCUGGUGUAAUGGGUAAUAUUAAGUUUUGGGAUAUACGUUCUGGGAAUGUGGUUUUUGAGUUGAAGGAGAAAGUUAACUGCUUUGCAGAUGUUUGUGUUUCAGAUAACUUGAAUUCCAUUUUUAAGGUUGGAGUUAAUUCUGGGGAGGUCUUUUAUGCAGAUUUUAGGAUUUUAGGAGGUGGAGAUAGUGAUGAUAGUGGUAACAGCAGUGACAUAUGGGUCUGUCUUGGGGAUGGUAGGAAGAUUGUUAAUGGGAAGAAGGAGGGUUCUGGAUGCAAGAUAGAGAGUCAUGGGAAUCAGGUGUUUUGUAGCAAAGGAGGGGAUAUUGAAUUGUGGUCAGAGGUUGUGAUGGGCUCACAUAGGACUAGUGGGAACAGAUUAGAUGAGAGAGUGUUUAGGAAGAACACAAUGGGCAGAGUCAAGGAUAUGGUGGGUUUGAAGAUAACCAACUUGGCCUUUGGGGGAAACAGGAUGUUCCUUACGCGAAAGGAUCAGCAAGCCGUGGAGGUAUGGCAGGGUGCAGUACGGGGAAUUUGAUCUUCAAAGGUUUAGUCUAAUGUGGUGAUUAAUUCAACCACAAGUCUGCAGCUCACUAUUUUCUUUUGUAAAUUGGUGUUUCAAUUGAUACUUGUGUGAAAUUGGAAUAUUGUAUUUUAUUAAAUCUGAAAAAUGUAUUUUCUUAUAGUUCCAUAGCUGUUCCAUAACAAUUUUGAAUCAUCACUGAAACAGUGACAGAUUUAUCAGGUA